AUGUUAGACGUCAAAGAGUCUAGCUUAUGGGCAAAUCGAAAAUGCCUCUUCAUCUGUUGCAUUGUCUCCAUUGCCAACAUGCAGUAUGGAUUUGAUACUGCUGCUGUUGGCGGUAUGCAAGCAAUGCCUGGCUUCCUGAAAGUGUUUGGGUACCCAAGUCCAAACAGCCCUGUAGGGUAUGGAAUUGAUCCUACAUUCCAACAAUUGAUCAGCUCGCUGUUGACUCUUGGUUCUUUCAUCUCCUCGCUGCUCGCCGGAUUUUUCGCUUCAUAUUUUGGGAGAAAGCAUGCUAUAUGGCUAGCUUGUGCCUUGAAUGGCAUCGCUGCCGCAAUUUUGAUUGCGACCACCAACUGGGGUGCUGUCUAUUUAGGCCGCCUACUACUCGGUGUCGCCAACGGGUUCCUCGUGACAUUCUCCAACGUCUACACUUCCGAGGCAUCCCCUGCCCAUCUUCGAGGUGUUCUCGUCGCUCUGUUUGCUUACUGGGUCAACAUCGGCUCCAUCUUAGGCGGAACGGUCAACAACUUCACAAAAAGGCGUCUCGAUAAGUCCUCAUAUCAGAUUCCUCUGGGCUGCCUCUACAUUGUGCCUGCUAUCCUCUCAGUCGGGUUGUUUUUCGUGCCGGAGAGUCCUCGAUUUCUACUUCACAGAGGAAAAGAAGCCGAGGCGAAAAGGGCUUUGAUCCAGCUUCGUGGCUCGGCUCUCACCCAGGAUGAACUAGAAUUCGAAUGGGCUGAGAUGAUUCGAGGUAUGGAGGAGGAGAAGAAAAACGCCAAGAGCGUGGGCUGGGUUGACAUGUUCAGAGGCACGGACCUACGUCGAACUCUUCUUUGUUACGGCAUGAUCGGCUGUCAGAGUGCUUCUGGAAUCUGGUUUUUGAUCGCUUAUCAAACAUAUUUCCUACAACAGGGUGGUGUGACUAAAGCCUUCGAGUAUACGAUUAUGACAUCGUGUGUUGGGUUUAUCGGUGUCAAUGUGGGGAUGUAUGCAAUUCGCCAUCUGGUCGGCCGUCGUGCGAUCCUCAUUAUCGGGGCCGUUGCUUGUGGUAUCUGCCAAUUGGCUCCAGCAAUUGCGGCGAGCACCAGUAACAAUCUCGCCAUGAGAGCGAACCUCCUGACCGCCUUUAUCGCUCUUUUCAAGUUCUUCUAUAAUGGCUGUGUGGGCGCAGCCAGCUACCCCGUUGCUACGGAAGUUGUGAGUACUAGACUGAGAGCAUGGACUGUUGGCAGUGCCACUGCAAUUGGCUAUCUUCUUGCAUGGCUUGUGAGCUUCUGCUCUCCCUACUUCAUCAACCCCGCAGAACUUGGAUUGGGCGCCAAGUAUGGCUACGUAUGGUUCGGAUCCAACUUUGCCUGUGUCAUAUUCUUCUACUUCUUCAUGCCCGAAAUGAAGGGUCGAUCGCUUGAAGAGUUGGACGAAAUGUUCGUGAACCGUGUCUCAGUUCGCAAUUUCCGCAAAUAUGAGUGCGUUCUGCGCCAGGACGCCGCAAAUGAUGUCUUCAUGAAGGGUGAGGAACACAAGCUCAAGGAGGUUACCUCCACCCACGCCGAGGAAGUCGAAGAGCGAUCGAAGGAAUUGACACAAAGCUAG